AUGGGCUCAGGUGGGGCUGUCCUCACAGGGCAGGUGGCAGCUGUCAACAUCGACUACCCCAAUAGCCGCCAGCACGCGGUUGAGUCUGAGCGGCUCAAGAAGGCCAGGCUGCAUGUGGAGAGGGCCAUUAAGGAGAAGAAGAUCUUUGCAGUGCAGGGCCCUUAUCCCGUCAUCCGCCGCCUGCUGCGGGCCCGGGGCUGGGUGGAGAGGAAGCUGCCCCGCAAUGGCAGACAGCUGAAGCAGCAUCCUGGCGACCAAAAGAAACAGGAGCUGGAGAAGAGGGCAAGUGGUGGCGGUGAUGAGCAGGGGGAGGCAGUGCUGAACCCACGUGGUGGGGCACAGCCUUCCCUGGGCACCACAGAGCCCCUGCACCACCCAUGGCCACGCGAUAAGAAGAGCAAGGGGGAAAGGGAAGAUGCAGACAAGAAGGAAGACAAAGAGCACUGCCAUGAGGACUCUGAUGACAUCCAUGACCUCAUGUCCUUCCUGGCGCAGGACCAGGUGCCAAACUUCCUGUGGACCAUUCGCCUUAGCAACAUUGACCAGGAGCUGCUGCCAAAGAUUGAGAUGGUGAACCGCUUUCCCCGGCUGUACGCGCUUUGCACCAAGGAGGGGCUGUGCCAAAGCCUGCAAAACUUGUCCUGGUUCGAGCAAGUCGACCUGAACACCUUUUUUCCCCGGUGCUACCGGCUGGGGCUCAUGGAUGAGCAGAAAGCUUUCAUUGAGGAUUUCCGCCUGACGGCAGCUCGCAGCCUGCUCAAACUGGCCCUGCAGAAGGUCGAGGACAGGCCGGUGGGGACAGAGCAGUCCCCAAAGGUGCCAGCAGGGCCGCACUCCCCCCUGUAUCCCCAGCUGGUGCAGGAGGCCCUGGAGGUCUGUGAGCAGCACCUGGGCGUCCUGGGGCACCGGGACAUCGACAGGAACACCCCGUCGCCCUGCCGGACAUGCAUCGCCUGGGACCGCUUCCUGCAGGAAUAUUACCACGUGGCACAUGAGGGGACCAGGCUGGUGCUGAGCACGGAGCAGCAGGAGCAGUGCCAGGACGUGCUGCAGCGCCUGGAGGAGCAGCUGCCGCAGCUCGGCAUGGAGGGCAACCUCAACGUCUGGAUCCUCAAGCCCAGCGCCAAAUCCCGCGGCAGGGGCAUCGUCUGUGCGACGCGGCUGGAGGAGGUGCUGGAGCUGGCGCGGAGCUGCACGGACCCCGCGGCGCGGGUGUGCGAGUGGGUGGUGCAGAAGUACGUGGAGCGGCCGCUGACCAUCUUCGACACCAAAUUCGACAUCCGGCAGUGGUUCCUGGUGACUGACUGGAAGCCACUGACUGCCUGGUUCUACCGAGACUGCUACCUGCGCUUCUGCUCCCAGCCCUUCUCCCUGUGUCACCUGGAGCCCGCCAGGCACCUCUGCAACGUGUCCAUCCAGAAACGCUACAAAGCAUCACAGCCGGACCCCCGCGUGCCCCCCGACAAGAUCUGGUCCAACAAGCAGUUCCAGGCACACCUGGCACGACUGGGGCGGGCAGAUGCUUGGCAGCGGGUGGUGGUUCCCGGCAUGAAGGCGGCGAUCCUGAACGCCCUGCGCUGCACCCGGGAUCAGGUGAGCUCCCGCAAGGGCAGCUUUGAGCUCUUCGGGGCCGACUUUCUCAUCGGGGAGGACUUCCAGCCCUGGCUGCUGGAGAUCAACUCCUGCCCCACCAUGAGCCCCUCCUCGGCGGUGACCCGCCGGCUCUGCGCCAACGUCCAGCGGGACACGCUGCGCCUCGUGCUGGACCGCAAGGACAAUCCCACCUGUUCCAUUGGUGCCUUUGAGCUCCUCUACAGGGAGGCAGCCGUGUCCUCAUGCCUGAACGUGGGGCUGAAGCUGAUGGUCACAGGCUGUUCCCUGAAGAAGCCCCGGCCGGCAAAGCUUCGAUCCCAGGACAAGCCCCGCACCACUGGGCCCCCCAGGAGCCCCUCGCAACCCUCAGGCUGUUCUGCUGGAGACCAGGGGUUGCCGUGGCUCCUUCAUGUGAUCAAGCAGCCCGAGGAAGCUCAGCCCCAGGAAGCUCAAGCCCAGACAGCUUCACCCCCGAUCACCAGCUGUGCUCUGGAUAGGGGGCCUGUGCCGCCGCCCUGCGGAGCGACCAGGAGUCCCUCGCAAGCUCCGGGUGGCUCUGCUGGGAGCCAGGAGCUGCCGUGGCUCCUUCACCUGGUUGGGCAAGCCGAGGAUGCUCAGCCUCGGGAACCUCAGCCCACGGCAACUCCCCCCGCGACUGAUAGCUGUCCUCAGGAUAGGUCACUGCCGCCCCAGGAAAUGCACAGUAGGCCCUGGCGACCCCCGGGCUCCUCUGCAGGGAGCCAGGGAUUGCCACAGCUCAGUCAGCCGGGUGGGCAGCCCCAGGCCACUCGGCGCCACCCAGUUCUGCCCCCAGUCAAUGCCCGUCGCCCGCCGAGGGGGCCUGUGCCACAGCCCUGGCGACCCUCGGGCUGUGUACCGACUCCUGCAGGAUUUCCUGCCAGGCCAGCGCGCCUGUCGGCGCCGUAA